AUGGCAGCGAUUAAUUUGAGAACUGCGGCAAGGAGCUCCAUUUUACGAAUUAAGGCGGAGGUCGGAGCUGAGGGAUAUGCUCCCGAUACGGUGCAGAUUGAUUACACCAUUAGCACGCUAUCUGGACACUACAACCGUUUUUUGGAAAAUCACCUGGCGUUAGUGGGCGAAGCGACUCCAGAUGAAUUGGAGGCACACGACAAGUUACUUUCUCAAGUGGAGAGGAUCCACGGUAGUAUCGUUACCAAACUGCAACGCAUGCGAGCUGCUGUAACCACUCCGUCGAAUGCUGCGCCCGUGCGGUGCCAAUCAGAGCACCGUUUGGAUCCGGUCAAGAUCCCAGCAUUUGAUGGUCAACCGGAAAACUGGUUGAUGUUUAGAGACAUUUUCGAAUCAUUGGUGCACAAUCGCACCGAUCUUGACGAAAGCUAUAAACUCAGUCGAUUGAGGCAAUGUGUUGACGCUCAGGCAGUACACAUGGUUGGUGGAGUAUACACGGGGGGCUACAGCCAGCUAUGGGCCGAGUUGAAAAGGCGAUAUGAUAAUCCUCGGCGCUUGGUUGAGUCGCACGUGUAUCGGCUAUUAGACUUGCCGGAACAUCCAGUUCUAACGCAGCGCAACGUUCGCAAAGUUAUCGAUGUGGUGCGCAGUACUUUACGUGCCCUGAACGUGAUGGGUCUGGCAACAGACCAAUGGGAUGCCAUCGUUUAUCCCAUAGUCCUCCGCAAACUACCAACUCCGGCUGUCUCACACUGGACGGGUUUAAACCACGCCGAAACAUUAAUGCUGGAGGAGAUCGAGACUUACGCGGAUACUCUGAGAUGCGACCCCAAUGUGUCACUCCGACCGUCAUCAGCGCGCCGUAUGGCACAAUCACAUGUAGUUACCUCGAAGUCUCCGAACGCAACCAUGAAAUCGUCGCUGGCCUGUCCACGGUGCGCGGAACCACAUCGCCUGUCAAUAUGUCCACAAUUUCGAAAGUGCAGCUCAGGAACCUGCGACAACUGCAAACAGAAACACAACACCUUGUUUUGUAAGGCUUCUUCAUGCAACGAGAAGUUACCUGCAACCACCAGUGCGGCAGCGCGACCAGCCCCCGCAUUUGAAACAUCUGUCGGCGCCAUUACGCCACAGGUUUUGCCUCGCAUAGAUGCGGUGCAGUCUCUCCUGGCGCAAUCUGAGGGGAUCGUCCUUCUGGCCACAGCUAGAGCUCCACUUUUAGACAAGGUGGGGGAAGAAGUAGCCUGCCGUAUAUUAUGCGACAUGGGUUCACAGAGGGUGACUUCGUCGCGUGGCCAGGCGACUCUGGUGAUGCGCUCAUACCACGAUGCCACGUUUGAGUGCACCUUUGAAGCUCAUAUCCUACCACAAAUAACUUCGGAGAUUCCUGCGUCGCCAAUAGACAUUAACCACUAUCAACAUUUGCAAGACAUACCACUAGCCGAUCCCACGUUUCACACUCCAGGGAGCAUCGAUGUUCUCAUUGGAGCGGACAUUUGGGAGCGACUAGAUGAGAUACUGCAACGUUUCUGGGAGCUGGAGGAGGUUGGCCGACCCCCAGCUGUUGACGACCUUAGCGAAGAUAUUUUCUGUAAAACGGUAUCGCGCAAUAGCGAUGGCCGAUACGUAGUACAAAUCCCAUUUUCACCGAAUGCAUCAGCUCUUGACAAUUCAUAUGUCAAGGCAUUUAACCAAUUCCUCAAUCUUGAGCGCCGCUUGAGUAAUGAUGAUGAGCUACGUAACAAAAAUAUUCAGUUCAUGCGCGACUAUGAGGCACUCGGGCACAUGGAGAAGAUAACACCGCAACCAGGCGACCCAUCCCAGGUUUAUUAUGUACCCCACCAUGCCGUCACGUCGAAGUUCCGGGUAGUUUUCAACGCCUCUGCGAAGACAAGCAAUGGCGUUUCCUUAAACGUUACUCAGCUAGUUGGUCCGCCCAUCCAGAAUCCACUUGCCCCCAUUCUUCUCCGGUACCGUCGUUUCCGUAUAGCUAUCACUGUUGACAUCGAGAAGAUGUUUCGGCAGAUCGAAGUUGAUUCCAGACAUAGAUGUUGGCAGCAAAUUUUCUGGCGGGAAAGCCCAAGUGAUCCUCUCGGUGUGUAUCAGUUAACGACGUUAACUUACGGUAUGGCUUGCAGUCCUUUCAAUGCGGCACGCGUCUUGCAGCAGUGUGCCAAUGAAAACCAAUCAGCAGGUAGGUGCAAACCGCCACUCCAAUCCGAACUUUCGGAAUUGAUAAGUACCUUCGACCAACAAGAAUUGUCUGAUGCUGGGGUUCGCUGGCACUUUAUCACUCCAGCCGCGCCCCAUCAAGGAUGCUUAUGGGAGGCGGCAGUGCGUUCGGCGAAGAAGCACUUGAAACGGGUAGUGGGAGACAGCGUACUUACGUUUAAUCAACUUAGUACCCUGCUGGUGCGCAUUGAGGCCUGCCUCAACUCAAGACCCAUAAUUGCGCUCCACGAUGAUCCUGAUGGUGGUCUCGCAUUAUCGCCUGGAAGUUUUCUCAUCGGCCGACCUUUGAACUCCCGUCCAGAACCCGCCGUUCCAGAGGCUCCAGAUAAUCGUCUUAAAUACUAUCAGCGACUUCAACGCAUGCUGCAACAUUUUUGGCACCGCUGGAAGGAAGAGUAUUUGGUGCAACUGCAGGCUCGAAGUAAGUGGGUAAGACCUACACCCAAUGUUCGAGUUGGUGACAUCGUGGCUAUCCAGCAGGAGCAUCUUCCCCCAUCCCUCUGGCGAAUUGGACGCAUCACCGAGGUGCAUCCGGGGAGUGACGGGCUGGUACGAGUGGUCACCAUCGAAUAUAGCACCUUUGACCGAGGACUGCGCCGUAAGCAUCACUGCCAGCGCCCAAUCCAACGAAUAUGCCGUAUACUUGAGGCUGAUGAAGGCAUACUAAGUCCACAGGACUCAGCCGGGGAGGGUGUACAAGAUUAA